AUGGAUCACGGCACAAGUGAACUCUAUAAAGAACAUUAUGACAAGCCAGCAGUAGUUAAUGCACCUGGUACAGCACCAUCAGCUGCAGAACACGGAAAACCCACUACAAAACAAGUAGAAAAUAGUCCACCAGUAGAUCAAAAACAAGCGGGACAAUUAGACACAAGAACAUUGGAAGGUGCGAUAGCAAAUGAAGCUAAUCCAAAUAUUAAUCCAAGAUAA